AGCGAGCCGGACAAGGCCGGCCAGCCUCCCUCGGGUCCGGAGUCUACUCGGACGGCUCGGGGAGGCAGCGAGUGGGUGUGUGCGUGGGGGUCGGCCAAACUUCCUGUCCCGCGCUCGAGCUGCUUCCGGCGGGAGCCGGAAGACGCUGUGUGUGGACGGAAUUCGGGACGAGUGACGGACCGACGGCUGCCCUGGACAGGAAGGUUUAAAUUGAUUACCACCCAGUUCAGCAUCUUACAGUAAGAGCAUAGUAUAUCCUAUAGGAAUAUGAGCAUCACAGGAACUCUGAAUUAAAUUUGAAACUGUCCCCUGAACAGCUACAGGAUUUUGGAAGCUGAAUCAAUGUUAUCAGAUGAGUUAGAAUCCAAACCAGAGCUCCUGGUUCAGUUUGUUCAGAAUACUUCCAUCCCAUUGGGACAGGGGCUAGUAGAAUCAGAAGCUAAAGACAUUACUUGCUUAUCCCUCCUUCCAGUGACUGAAGCCUCAGAAUGCAGUCGGCUAAUGUUACCAGAUGACACCCCAAAUCAUACUAACUCCUCCAAGGAGGUCCCUUCCUCAGCUGUAUUGAGAAGCCUUCAGGUGAAUGUGGGCCCAGACGGAGAGGAGACAAGGGCUCAGACUGUACAGAAGUCCCCAGAGUUUUUGUCCACUCCAGAAUCUCCUAGCUUAUUGCAAGAUCUACAGCCAAAUGAUAGUACUUCUUUUAUUCUUCUUAACCUAACAAGAGCAGGUCUGGGCUCUUCAGCUGAGCACUUAGUGUUUGUACAGGAUGAGACAGAGGACUCAGGGAAUGAUUUCCUCUCCAGUGAGAACACAGACAGUAGCAUUCCAUGGUUCCUCCGGGUUCAGGAGUUGGCCCAUGACAGUUUGAUUGCUGCUACUCGUGCACAAUUGGCAAAGAAUGCAAAAACCAACAGCAAUGGAGAAAAUGUCCAUCUUGGUUCUGGUGAUGGGCAACCCAAAGAUUCUGGGCCCCUUCCUCAAGUGGAAAAGAAGCUCAAGUGUACAGUUGAAGGCUGUGACCGGACAUUUGUGUGGCCAGCUCACUUCAAGUACCACCUUAAAACUCAUCGAAAUGACCGCUCCUUCAUCUGCCCUGCAGAAGGCUGUGGGAAAAGUUUCUAUGUAUUACAGAGGCUGAAGGUGCAUAUGAGGACACACAAUGGAGAGAAGCCCUUUAUGUGCCCUGAGUCCAGCUGUGGUAAGAAGUUCACUACAGCUGGAAAUCUGAAGAACCACUGGCGUAUCCACACAGGAGAGAAACCUUUUCUUUGUGAAGCCCAAGGAUGUGGCCGUUCCUUUGCUGAGUAUUCUAGCCUCCGAAAACAUCUGGUGGUUCACUCAGGAGAGAAGCCUCACCAGUGUCAAGUCUGUGGGAAGACCUUCUCUCAGAGUGGGAGCAGGAAUGUGCACAUGAGAAAGCAUCACUUGCAGCUGGGAGCAUCUGGCAGUCAAGAGCAGGAGCAAACUGCUGAGCCACUAAUGGGCAGUAGUUUGCUUGAAGAGGCUUCAGUACCCAGUAAAAAUUUGGUGUCUAUGAAUUCUCAGCCCAGCCUUGGUGGAGAGUCCUUGAACCUACCAAAUGCCAAUUCUAUCCUGGGAGUUGAUGAUGAGGUGCUUACUGAAGGAUCCCCACGUCCCCUGUCUUCAGUGCCUGAUGUUACACAUCACUUGGUGACCAUGCAGUCAGGGAGGCAGUCAUAUGAGGUUUCUGUCUUAACUGCAGUAAAUCCACAGGAGUUAUUGAACCAAGGAGAUCUAACUGAAAGACAGACAUGAAUGUCGGCACUGACUCCGGGAGGAGCAAGUCUGUCUGAUUCCAGAAUGCGUGGUGGGAACAGGAUCCAAAGGCCCACUACUUGCCAGAACCAAAAUAAAUCUGUGAAGGACAAGACCCCACUUUUGCCUCUGUUCAUGUUCCCUAGCAGAAAAGAUGAAUGUGGGAGCCUCUCAUCAACUACCAUCUGAUCUAGUCAAGGACAAAAGCAGUGACUGUGGACUGGGUAACUUCCUGCCUCUCUUCUCACUGCAAAAGUUUGUGAUAGACUCCUUUCAGAAGUGAAUUUGAUUAUGUGUUGGCUGAAGUUUCUCAUUAAGAGUUUUGAGGGGAGGCUUUCCUUUGAAGAGUUUUCAUCCCAGACCCAGCUAGCUAACUUUUCACAAGGAUGGACUACGCCUAGCCACCAACCACAGAACUUCACCAGGAAGUUGUUUUCAAGAUGCCUUGUUGCUUUGAAGAAGGGAGUGAUGUCCAUUCUGUUGUGGCAUUCUCCUUUUAGCAACCUGAGUAAGAGACUCUCAGCCACUGGGCUGCAAAAAAUAAAUUACUUGAAUUUCCCUUUGCCCUAUACACCUCUACUCAGUCACUUUGCUCUCUUUGUUUAUGGAACAUACAGUAGCAUGUUAAGGUUUUGGUUUUUGUUUUUUAAAGUUAAAAAUCACAUGAUCCAGAGCUUCACUUUUCUCCUUAAAUAAACAAAACAUCCCAGUUAGUUCUUUGACUCUUGUUUCAGACACAAUUUGUUUUCUUAGAAGGUUGAGAAAAUAAUUCAGUCUUUUUCUUUAAGAUAGUGCACUGGUUAACCUCUAGAUACCACGCUAAAACUGAACUGAGGAGUCUUAGGAAACAUGACACAAAUUCUUUUCUUUUUUGAUGGUACUAGUGAUUGAACUCAGCCUUAUGCUUGGUAGGCAAGUGCUGUACCACUUGAGCCACUCCUCCAGCCCCAAUGUCCUCAUUUCUAACUGGGAAACCUAAAUGGCUGUUAAUAAGAGUAUCAUUCUGCCACCGUCAGAAAAGACCACAUUUGAGCCUGGUAAACUGGUAAUAAUAACAGGUAAUUUUGAAUUUUUCCAGAAAGAUAGUUAAAACAUGCGAAAUGUGUUCCUUUAGAGCAGGUACUCUUACUAUCUUCCUGACUACAACUAUAGACAAAAAAUAUCCAGUAAUUAUUGGGAAGAAGAACAUCUCAAAGAUCAUCUACUAGAAGGAAAUCAUGACUGUCAGAGAAGUUUUAAAUUUAUUUAAAACUCCAUGCUGACACAUACAUAUGCAUACAGUGGCACAUUCUAAACAACAGGAAAGAAUAAACUCCUGUUUUAAAUUAUUACAGUUCUUUAUUAAUGACAUGCAUGGCCAUUCUGUGCUGUGUAGACUUGAAUUCAUGGCAAUUACCUGUAUUCUAAAUGCUUUUUGCAGCCUUAUUUUGAUAAUAGAGCAGUGAUUCUUAACCUGGGACAUUUCUUCCCUCCUUGGGUACAUUUGGCCUUAUCUGGAGACAUUUUUGGUUGUCACACUUGGGAGACAGGUACUGUAGGUAUCCAGUGCAUAGAGGCCUGGAAUGCUGCAAAACAUCCUACAAUGUACAGGACAGGUCUCUCUCCUAACCACCACAAAAAUUAUCUGCCCCAACAUAUCAAGUGCUGAGGAUAAGAAAGCAUAUACUAAAAGUUGCAAGUUUGUCAUCCCCCAUGAGCUAAUUGUGAUAACUUGUUUUACC